UUCGAGAUGAACAAGCUGCUGUUGAUAGCCCUUUUUGGAUUGGUGCUCGCUAUAGGCUUAGCGCUUUCGUUUGAUGAUGAUGAAAACAAUGACGCUAGAGGCGAUUUAGAGAGUGAGUUCUACUGGAAUGGUGAGGAAGAGGACGGAGACGAUGAGGAGCCAGAAGAGGAGAGGGAAAAGAUAAAUGGCUACAGUGUUGAAGAAAAACAUGAUAAACCCUUAUCCGGUCCAAUGCAGAAAUCAGCCGAUCCGAUUCUACCUUUCAUAGGUUUGCGCCUACUGAGGCGAGCGUUUCGCCGUCGCCGUCGCCGCCGAAGACGGAGAUUUGGUUAAUUCAUCGAAACUAGUCACAAGGACAGAGAUAAGGUGGCUUAAAACGGCUUGAAAAGGAUCUUGUAAUCUGGAGGAAACAAAGACCUUUUUUUCUAUUGCUGAGUUUCUUUGCGUUUAUAUGAACAACGAGUAAAGUUUGAAGGAACUAAGUUAAAAACGUUUAAUUUACAUUUAAAUGACACUCUUUGAUUUGAAUAAAAUAAAA